AUGGAAGUUCACAUCAACUCGCUUUCACCCAUGAUGUCUGUAUCCAUGUCCUCCAUGACAUCCAUCGACGAUCCCAUGGACGGAUCUAUCGACAGUGCUUCCCUUAACGGAGUGCCCAUGUCUGCACCCAUGCUGCUGUCGCUUUCCAAUCUGUCUGAUCGUAAACGUACCAGGACUUCGGAAAUGAAGGUUUUGGCGGACGGAAACGUGGUAAAGCUCCAGAAAACUCGCCAGCGUCGAAUCUUAAGCUGCGUUCAUUGCCACUCCAAGAAAAUAAAGUGUCUGCGUGUUCAGCCCGUGUGUGAUAACUGUGACAAGUUGGGCAUCGAAUGUAAGUACUUCAUCAACGAGCGUGUCAGCCGUGGUGGCCGCAAACUGAAGGUAUCUGGCCCUUCUGGUACGUCAUCGUCGGGUUCGGCCGCCAUGGCAGCACUGGAAUCGUCCAACUCAGCGCCAGGCGGCUCAAUACUUCAAUCACAGCCUCCUGCCGUUAAGAGAGAGCCUCUGGAAGGUCCUCUGUCGCAUAACAGGUCGUCGACUUCGGAGUUCUCCGACAUGAACGGCUCACCAAUGUCACCAACACUCUCUGGAGUUACGGUGGUUGAGGAUGAGCGCAGAAGCUUUCUGCCUAAAAAGUCUGAUCCACUCCAGGAGUCCAUGAACUUUCUUCAGAUGGGUAUGACCAACGCCAACUCUCCAGUGUCGAUGUUGCAGGCGCCCAUCGUCAACUCCAUUAGCAACAACAUCACCAACAAUUUCUUCAACACAAAUUACACCUCCAACGCGCAGACCAACGACGAUCUGUACCAGUUCAACUUGAACUCAUUCAAUUUCAAUACGGGACCUGAAACAAUCAUGAACAACAAUUCGACGCGUAUUUCAUCCUCAGUGACUCCUUCAGGGAAGGAGAAAAAACCUGAAAGUACGCCUGCCAUGGCUCCGUCAAUGACUAUUUCCAACGGACUAGAUGAACCAGAGACUCCUAGCAUCCAGGGUAUCUUGAAAGGUGCAAUUACCAACUUUGUUGAUGGUCCAAUCAACCUGCCCAACUCAGUGGUGACAAACAACGGUGUAACAACUAGAAACUCCCACCCCAAUAACCCGGGCCUUCACAACUCGUUGAAUGCCUACCUGUCGAACCCAGCAAUGACCGUGAACUACUUAUACGGAACAAACACAGACUACGAAAACGACAAUUUGCUCAUGGAUUUGAUCAAGCACCUUCCCACGUCUCGUGAACGGUCCUUCGAGCUAAUAGAUCGUUAUGUCAACUCCGUUCACUUGUUGCUUCCUAUAAUGGUGAACUUAAAUGGAUUUAUUGUGGAACAUGAGAAGUUUUGGGACCAUUUCGAUCCUUACAAGAACCACUCGCCUUCAACGUCUUCAUCUGGCUCAUCAAACGGCCCUGGUGAUUUCAACUUGUUGCAGUUCUACACCCUUUUCUUCCCUGUUCUCUAUGCAUCUACCAUUUCUGAGUUUGAAGAGUACGAUAACCUCUUGUUGAACCAAGAUAUCAACAAGUACUUGAAAGGAUUCAAUAAAGUUUGCCAGUACUAUAACUAUCCUCACGGACUCAAGUCUAUCCCUAUCCUUUUGGGAAAUGUGAUUAUUCAAUCCAUGUCGCCAAAUCCUUCGACGAUGGAGAUGUCGCAGAUCAUCAGAUAUGCCAAGUUCUUGCAGUUGCACAAAGAUCCCGUAAUUUCGUUGCGUAUCAGCGACUGGAAGGUAAUCAAAUUCAGACGAAUGCUCUGGUGGAUCAUUUUUGGCUUGGACGGUUUGAGUAGUCACAACUUCUGCUUACCUCCAGUGUGCAAGUUUGAUGACUUCAAUGUUUUGAUGCCCGAAUAUGAAGAUCCAGUGUUCGAUGAGCUGGGAAGCAUGACAGGUAAGAAAUUGAAUGUCACAGUGCUUGCUAUGACUAUCAAGUUUAAGUACGACCGAAUUCUCAGUGAGUUGGUGUAUCAGCUACAUAAUGGUCUAGCUACAAACAUCACCUCGGAGGAGAUCAAUGAAAUCAAGGGCAUGAUUGUCAACUUGUUUCAUUUCAUCCACCAAUCCAUAAUCAAGAUGAACAACUUUUACAAGGCAAGCCCUCCAACCACUGUCCAGGAGAUGAAUCUUGUGAACUUCAUCAAAAACCACUCGUGGAGUUUUGCUGAUAGAGCAAUGAUGUUGUUACAUAAGAAAAUUUUGCUUCAUGACUCCUCAAAAGAUGGCCAUAAUGACGAAAGAGAUCGGACUGUCGAAUUAACUUCCAAGAAAACAAGAGGGGAGGCGUUGUCAUUGAGUGAAUACGAGGAUACUUUUGGAAGAAUGCAAGAGAAGAAUAUCAUCCGCAACUUUAACAACUCGUCCAUUUCUCAAUUGAGAUUCAACCAAUACGAACUGUUCACUUAUGAAAACAUGCAGAACAAUUUGAUUCCGUCCAUUUUGCAUAACUUGAAUGAUUUCUUAAAAUAUAACGAUUUCAUCAAAUUUGGCAAGUUCAACUGGUAUAUCAAGAGAACUAUUCCAUUGGAUUCUAUCAUCUUGUUGUUUGUGAUAAUUUGCGUGAAGUUCAAAUAUGAGUUCAUGACCCUGAAUGAAUUGGUGAUUUACGUCAAGUUAAUCAAUAAAGCUCUUUUCAUUUUGAACAGGAAAUAUUUCAAGAAUGAGAAGUACAAGAGAAUGUUGUCGUUGACAAACUUAACCUGGGAAUACAUUUUGAAAAAGUAUAAUGUGAUCAAGUUGCUUAACUUGACCAACGAUAAGAAAAAUGGUCGGAUCGAGUUUUUCGAUUACCAGGUCAGUGGAUUUAUGAACAUGAGCGAGUUAUUCAACGUUAUGGACGUGCCACAACCUGCAUUGAUUAGUAAUGGGGUUAAUGUUGGACGCAUCCAGAGUGAUGAUGUUCUAAUGAGAGAUCUGCCACAAAAAUGGGAUGCUGAUGAUUCAGAUGAAGACUCUCCUUCCAACAAGCAGCUCAAUCAAUCUAUGUUCUCCAACCAGCUCAUCCAGCAGAAUUUGGACAAGAGAAAUGAUAGUGAGCUACAUGGACAGAAGCUUGAGCUUAUGCAACUCAACGAAAAGAUCUAUUACGAUUUGCGUAACAAUUUUGUGGAUAUCAACGAUUACUGUACGUUUUACUCAUCUCUUGAAAAUGUGCUUCAUGAGCUAAUGGACUACGUCAAUACGGGCAACGAGAUUCUGCUCUAG